AUGGGCAAGCUCAGGGAGAUGCUGUCCCACCCGGACGAGAUCGUCCCGCUGUUCAGGAUGUACCUGGCUGCGAGACGGGCUAAACAGCUGCCCAAGGACCCAAACUGGGCCUUCUGCUACGAGAUGCUCAACCGCGUCUCGCGCUCCUUCGCCGUCGUCAUCCAAGAACUCCCCCAGCCCCUCCGCGACGCCGUGUGCAUCUUCUACCUCGUCCUCCGCGCGCUCGACACCGUCGAGGACGACAUGAAGAUCCCCGCGGACGAGAAGCUGCCCCUCCUGCGGGAGUUCUACGCCCACACGUCGGACCCGGAGUUCCGCGUCCCGGGCGCCGGCGUGAAGCCGCACGAGCUCCUCCUGAUGGACGAGUACCCCAAGGUCGUCGCGUGCUUCAACGACAUGGACCGGGAGUUCCAGAUGGUCAUCCGCGACAUCACCAAGCGCAUGGGCGCGGGCAUGGCCGAGUUCGUCGAGCGCGACGAGCGCGACGAGCGCGUCGUGUCGAUCCAGGACUGGGACCUGUACUGCCACUACGUCGCGGGCCUCGUGGGCGUCGGGCUGUCGAAGCUGUUCUCGUCCUCGGGCCUGGAGGCGCGCGUGUACGGCAGCAAGCAGUUCGAGGCGCUGAGCAACGACAUGGGGCUCUUCCUGCAAAAGACCAACAUCAUCCGGGACUACCUCGAAGACAUCAACGAGGAGCCCAAGCCCAGGAUGUUCUGGCCCGAGGACGUCUGGCGUCAGUACGCCAAGAAGCUGGAGGACUUCAAGACCGCUGACGAGAACGCGGUCAUGUGCUUGAACGAGCUCAUCAACAGCGCGCUUGGCCACGUGCCCAAGUGCUUCGAGUACAUGGCGGGCCUGCGCAACCAGCGCGUCUUCCGCUUUUGCGCCAUUCCGCAAAUCAUGGCCAUCGGGACGCUCGCGCUCUGCUACAACAACAACGAGGUCUUCAAGGGCGUCGUCAAGCUCCGCAGGGGCCGCACGGCGAAGCUCGUGGGGGAGUGCAACGGCAUGUCUGACUUGUACCGCGUGUUCUACGAGUUCGCCGGCGAGAUCGGUGCCAAGUGCCAGGGCUUCGGCGCGCAGCCCGACAGCAAGGUGCAGGCGGCGACGAUCCGCAUCGUCGAGGACAUCCGCGCGCGGUGCCGCAAGGGGCUCGCCGCGGCGCCCGGCGGCGCGGACGCCAAGCUCGGCGACGCCGAGCAGCCCCCGCCGGAGCUCUGGGUGCGUCUGGGCCUGGUCCUUAUGUUCGGGGGUUACUUCGCGUACGCGUGGCAGCUGGGCGUGCUGCGCGCGUACCUGGGCGUCGCCGCGGACGCCGGGAACUUCUAUGUCGACAGCAUGCAGAAGAUCGUCUCUCUGGGUCUGUUCAUCAUGGCCCUGUUCCUGGCAGUGACAGGCCGGCGACUGUGA